CCUCGAGCCCCGGGGACUCAGCUGAUCCAGAACCCGCGGGGGCGCGGCUGGCGGGGCUAGGGGUCCCUCCCGAUUGCCGGCUUCGGGGGACGCGUCGCCCCCGCGUCUCUAACCUGGACGACCCCCCGCGGCCCGGCGCCAUCCAUGCCAAGGGUUCCCAGCUCAGCACUGACAUGGCUGAGAGCACCUCUCCACCCUCCUCAUCUGUAGCAGCCCCGGCUGCUGAGCUGGGGGUCACAGAGCAGCCGGGGCCCCAGAGCCCCCCACCCUCUCCGCCAGGCCUGGAGGAGCCCCUGGAUGGAGCCGAUCCUGAUGUCCCACACCCAGACCUGGCACCUGUUGCCUUCUUUUGCCUACGACAGACCACCAGCCCCCGGAACUGGUGCAUCAAGAUGGUGUGCAAUCCAUGGUUCGAGUGUGUCAGCAUGCUGGUGAUCCUGCUGAACUGCGUGACCCUGGGCAUGUACCAGCCCUGUGAUGACAUGGACUGCCUGUCUGACCGCUGCAAGAUCCUGCAGGUGUUUGAUGACUUCAUCUUCAUCUUCUUUGCCAUGGAGAUGGUGCUCAAGAUGGUGGCCCUGGGCAUUUUUGGCAAGAAAUGCUACCUUGGGGACACGUGGAACCGCCUGGACUUCUUCAUUGUCAUGGCAGGGAUGGUCGAGUACUCUCUGGACCUUCAGAACAUCAACCUGUCAGCCAUCCGUACCGUGCGUGUCCUGAGGCCCCUCAAAGCCAUCAACCGCGUGCCCAGUAUGCGGAUCCUGGUGAAUCUGCUUCUGGACACACUGCCCAUGCUGGGGAACGUCCUCCUGCUCUGUUUCUUUGUCUUCUUCAUCUUCGGCAUCAUUGGCGUGCAGCUCUGGGCAGGCCUGCUGCGCAACCGCUGCUUCCUGGAGGAAAACUUCACCAUACAAGGGGAUGUGGCCUUGCCGCCCUACUACCAGCAGGAGGAGGAUGAUGAGAUGCCCUUCAUCUGCUCCCUGUCUGGGGACAAUGGCAUCAUGGGCUGCCAUGAGAUCCCCCCACUCAAGGAGCAGGGCCGGGAGUGCUGCCUGUCCAAGGACGAUGUCUACGACUUAGGCACAGGGCGCCAGGACCUCAAUGCCAGCGGCCUCUGUGUCAAUUGGAACCGCUACUACAAUGUGUGCCGCACGGGCAGUGCCAACCCCCACAAAGGUGCCAUCAACUUUGACAACAUAGGUUAUGCCUGGAUUGUCAUCUUCCAGGUGAUCACUCUGGAAGGCUGGGUGGAGAUCAUGUACUAUGUGAUGGACGCUCACUCCUUCUACAACUUCAUCUAUUUUAUCCUGCUUAUCAUAGUGGGCUCCUUCUUCAUGAUCAACCUGUGCCUCGUUGUCAUAGCGACCCAGUUCUCGGAGACCAAGCAGCGGGAGCACCGGCUGAUGCUGGAGCAGCGGCAGCGCUACCUGUCCUCCAGCACGGUGGCCAGCUACGCAGAGCCCGGGGACUGCUAUGAGGAGAUCUUCCAGUACGUCUGCCACAUCCUGCGCAAGGCCAAGCGCCGUGCCCUGGGCCUCUAUCAGGCCCUGCAGAGCCGGCGCCGGGCCCUGGGCCCAGGGGCCCCUGCCCCUGCCAAGCCCGGGCCACAUGCCAAGGAGCCUAGGCACUACAAGCUGUGCCUGAGACACAGCCCCCUGGACCCAACGCCCCAUGCGUUGGUGCAGCCCAUCUCUGCCACACUGGCCUCUGACCCUGCCAGCUGUCCCCGCUGCCAGCACGAGGCAGGAUGGCGGCCCUCGGGCCUGGGCAGCACCGACUCAGGCCAGGAGGGCUCAGGCUCUGGUGGCUCCGGUGGUGGCGAAGAAGAGGCAGAUGGGGACGGGGCCCAGAGCAGUGAGGAUGGGGUGUCCUCGGGACUGGAGAAGGAGGACGAGGAGGAACAGGCAGACGGGCCAGCCCGGCUCUGUGAGGCCGUGUGGCGGGAGACGCGAGCCAAGCUACGGGGCAUUGUGGACAGCAAGUACUUCAACCGUGGCAUCAUGAUGGCCAUCCUGGUUAACACCGUCAGCAUGGGCAUCGAGCACCACGAGCAGCCUGAGGAACUGACUAACGUUCUGGAGAUCUGCAACGUGGUCUUCACCAGCAUGUUUGCCUUGGAGAUGAUCUUGAAGCUGGCUGCUUUCGGGCUCUUCGACUACCUGCGCAACCCAUACAACAUCUUUGACAGCAUCAUCGUCAUCAUCAGCAUCUGGGAGAUUGUGGGGCAGGCAGAUGGUGGCUUGUCAGUGCUGAGGACCUUCCGGCUUCUACGCGUGCUGAAACUGGUACGCUUCAUGCCUGCGCUGCGGCGCCAGCUCGUGGUGCUCAUGAAGACCAUGGACAACGUGGCCACCUUCUGCAUGCUGCUCAUGCUCUUCAUCUUCAUCUUCAGCAUCCUUGGGAUGCACAUCUUUGGCUGCAAAUUCAGCCUCCGCACAGACACAGGAGACACAGUUCCUGAUAGGAAGAACUUUGACUCCCUGCUGUGGGCCAUCGUUACAGUGUUCCAGAUCCUCACGCAGGAAGACUGGAACGUCGUCCUCUACAAUGGCAUGGCCUCCACCUCCCCCUGGGCCUCCCUCUACUUUGUCGCCCUCAUGACCUUUGGCAACUAUGUGCUGUUCAACCUGCUGGUGGCCAUCCUGGUGGAGGGCUUCCAGGCAGAGGGUGAUGCCAAUCGCUCCUACUCCGAUGAGGACCAGAGCUCAUCCAAUAUAGAGGAGUUUGACAAGCUUCAGGAGGGUCUGGACAUCAGUGGAGAUCCUAAGCUCUGCCCAGUCCCCAUGACCCCCAAUGGACACCUGGACCCCAGCCUCCCACUGGCUGGGCAUCUUGGUCCUGCUGGGGCUGUGGCACCAGCCCCCCGCCUCUCACUGCAGCCAGACCCUGUGCUGGUGGCCCUGGGUUCUCGAAAGAGCAGCGUUAUGUCUCUGGGGAGGAUGAGCUAUGAUCAGCGCUCCCUGUCCAGCUCCAGGAGCUCCUACUAUGGGCCAUGGGGCCGCAGCGGGGCCUGGGCCAGCCGUCGCUCCAGCUGGAACAGCCUCAAGCACAAACCACCGUCCGCGGAGCACGAGUCCCUGCUCUCGGCGGAGCGCGGCAGCAACACCCGGGCCUGCGAGGGUGCAGGGGAGGAGGCGCCGCCGCGCGCUGUGCCCCUGCACGCCCCCCACACGCAUCACGCGCACCACGCCCACCAUGCGCACCACCUGGCGCACCGUCACCGCCACCACCGCCGGACGCUGUCCCUCGACACUAGGGAUUCGGUGGACCUAGCUGAGCUGGUGCCUACUAUGGGCGCCCACCCCCGGGCCGCUUGGAGGGCGGCGGGUCCAGCCCCCGGGCAUGAGGACUGCAAUGGCAGGAUGCCCAGCAUCGCCAAGGAUGUCUUCACCAAGAUGGGCGACCACCGGGAUCGCGGGGACGACGAGGAGGAGAUUGACUAUACUCUAUGCUUCCGCGUCCGUAAGAUGAUCGACGUCUACAAGCCUGACUGGUGCGAGGUCCGUGAGAACUGGUCUGUCUACCUCUUCUCUCCUGAGAACAGGUUCCGGGUUCUGUGUCAGACUAUCAUCGCCCACAAGCUCUUCGACUAUGUUGUCCUGGCCUUCAUCUUCCUCAACUGCAUCACCAUUGCCUUGGAGCGUCCCCAGAUCGAGGCCGGCAGCACAGAACGCAUCUUCCUCACGGUGUCCAACUACAUCUUCACAGCCAUCUUUGUGGGGGAGAUGACACUGAAGGUGGUCUCGUUGGGCUUGUACUUCGGAGAGCAGGCCUACCUACGCAGCAGCUGGAACGUGCUGGAUGGCUUCCUGGUCUUCGUGUCGAUCAUCGACAUUGUGGUGUCCCUGGCCUCCGCCGGGGGAGCCAAGAUCCUGGGAGUCCUCCGUGUCUUGAGGCUCCUGCGCACCUUACGCCCCCUGCGCGUCAUCAGCCGGGCGCCAGGCCUAAAGCUGGUGGUGGAGACUCUCAUCUCUUCUCUCAAGCCCAUUGGCAACAUCGUCCUCAUCUGCUGUGCCUUCUUCAUAAUCUUUGGCAUUCUGGGAGUACAGCUCUUUAAGGGCAAGUUCUACCACUGUCUGGGCAUGGACACUCGCAAUAUCACCAACCGCUCUGACUGCAUGGCUGCCAACUACCGCUGGGUGCAUCAUAAAUACAACUUCGACAACCUGGGCCAGGCUUUGAUGUCUCUCUUUGUCCUGGCAUCCAAGGACGGCUGGGUGAAUAUCAUGUACAAUGGUCUGGACGCUGUCGCUGUGGAUCAGCAGCCGGUGACCAACCACAACCCCUGGAUGCUGCUAUACUUCAUCUCCUUCCUGCUCAUCGUCAGCUUCUUUGUCCUCAACAUGUUUGUGGGUGUGGUGGUGGAGAACUUCCACAAGUGCCGGCAACACCAGGAGGCUGAGGAGGCACGGCGGCGGGAGGAGAAGCGGCUGCGGCGCCUGGAGAAGAAACGCCGCAAGGCUCAGCGUCUGCCCUACUAUGCCACCUAUUGUCCCACCCGGCUACUCAUCCACUCCAUGUGCACCAGCCACUACCUGGACAUCUUCAUCACCUUCAUCAUCUGCCUCAAUGUGGUCACCAUGUCCCUGGAGCACUACAACCAGCCUACGUCCCUGGAGACAGCCCUCAAGUACUGCAACUAUAUGUUCACCACUGUCUUUGUGCUGGAGGCUGUGCUGAAGCUGGUGGCAUUUGGUCUGAGGCGCUUCUUUAAGGACCGGUGGAACCAGCUGGACCUGGCCAUUGUUCUUCUGUCAGUCAUGGGCAUCACGCUGGAAGAGAUCGAGAUCAAUGCAGCCCUGCCCAUCAACCCCACCAUCAUCCGCAUCAUGCGGGUUUUGCGCAUUGCCAGGGUGCUGAAGCUAUUGAAGAUGGCCACAGGGAUGCGGGCCCUGCUGGACACGGUGGUGCAGGCUUUGCCCCAGGUGGGCAACCUGGGCCUCCUCUUCAUGCUGCUCUUCUUCAUCUACGCCGCCCUGGGUGUGGAGCUCUUUGGGAAGCUGGUCUGCAAUGAUGAGAACCCAUGUGAGGGCAUGAGCCGGCACGCCACCUUUGAGAACUUUGGCAUGGCCUUCCUCACACUCUUCCAGGUCUCCACUGGUGACAACUGGAAUGGGAUCAUGAAGGACACACUGCGGGACUGCACCCAUGAUGAGCGCAGUUGCCUGAGCAGCCUGCAGUUUGUGUCGCCGCUGUACUUCGUCAGCUUCGUGCUCACAGCCCAGUUCGUGCUCAUCAACGUGGUGGUGGCUGUGCUCAUGAAACACCUGGACGACAGCAAUAAGGAGGCGCAGGAGGAUGCCGAGAUGGAUGCUGAGAUUGAGCUGGAGAUGGCCCACAGCCUGGGCCCUGGCCCUCGGCUGCCCACCAGUUCUCCUGGGAUCCCCAGCCAUGGGCCAGGAGGGGCAGGCAGCGGGGGCGAUGCUGAGGGUCGCUUGUGCCGGCGCUGCUACUCUCCAGCCCAGGAGACCCUGUGGCUGGACAGCGUCUCUUUAAUCAUCAAGGACUCACUGGAGGGAGAGCUGACCAUCAUUGAUAAUCUGUCUGGCUCCGUCUUUCACCACUAUGCCUCACCCGCCGGCCACGGGAAGUGCCACCAUGACCAGCAAGAGGUACAGCUGGCUGAGACAGAGGCCUUCUCCUUGAACUCAGACAGGUCUUCGUCCAUCCUGCUGGGUGAUGACCUGAGUCUCGAAGACCCCACAGUAUGCCCUUCUGGCCACAAAGACAGCAAGGGUGAGCUGGACCUGCCUGAGCCCAUGUGUGUGGGGGACCUGGGCGAAUGCUUCUUCCCCUUGUCCGCUACGGCCAUUUCGUCAGGUCCAGAGAACUUCCUGUGUGAGAUGGAAGCAAUCCCAUUCAACCCUGUCCGGUCCUGGCUGAAACAUGAGAGUAGUCAAGCACUGCCCCCAAGACCCUUCUCCCCGGAUGCCUCCAGCCCGCUCCUGCCCAUGCCGCCCGAGUUCUUCCACCCUGCUGUGUCCGCUAGCCAGAAAGGGCAGGAGAAGGGCACUAGUGCUGAGAGCCUCCCCAAGAUCGCCCUCCAGGGCUCCUGGGCAUCCCUGCGGUCGCCAAGCGUCAACUGCACCCUGCUCCGGCAGGCCACUGGGAGUGACACUUCGCUGGACGCCAGCCCCAGCAGCUCUGCAGGCAGCCUGCAGACCACGCUGGAGGACAGCCUGACCCUCAGCGACAGUCCCCGGCGCACCCUGGGGCCGCCCGCGCCUGCCAUGGGGCCCCGGGCCGGCCUCUCCCCGGCGGCCCGCCGCCGCCUCAGCCUGCGGGGCCGCGGCCUGUUCAGCCUGCGCGGGCUGCGGGCGCAUCAGCGCAGCCACAGCAGCGGGGGCUCCACCAGCCCGGGCUGCACCCACCACGACUCCAUGGACCCCUCGGACGAGGAGGGCCGCGGCGGCGCGGGCGGCGGGGGCGCGGGCAGCGAGCACUCGGAGACCCUCAGCAGCCUCUCGCUCACCUCCCUCUUCUGCCCGCCGCCCCCGCCGCCGGCCCCUGGCCUCACGCCCUCCAGGAAGUUCAGCAGCACCAGCAGCCUGGCCACCGGCCCCGGCCGCACGCGUGCACCCGCCGCCCAGCCCCGCGGCCUGGCCCGGAGCCCGUCGUGGGCCGCGGACCGCAGCAAGGACCCUCCGGGCUCGGGCCUGCGUCCCUCGGGACCGGAGCCGCAGCCGCCCCCUGGGGCGCUGGAGCCGGGAGACGCGGCGAGCAAGAGGAAGAGAUGAGGGGCCCCCGGGGCCGCGCCGUGGCCCGAGCCCCCGCCGCCCGUCUCACCUUCUUUUACCUCAGGAGCCAGGGAGCAGACAGCAAUACUUUGUCCACACCUGGGAAUGGCGCAGGGGCCAGCCCGGCACAGGCCGCUGAGAUGGCAGCAUCGCCCAGGGUCUGGGUUAGCGGAUGCUCAGCCGUGGCCCAGCCGUGGCCCAGCGUGGCCCUUGCAGUGCAUAUACACACAUAUAUAUGCAGAUAUAUAUAUACAUAGACAGACAUAUAUAUAUAUAUUUAUUUUUUUUACCGAGAGCUUAUGACUUCCAGAAAGUGCUAAAUUUGGGGAGUGUGGGCGGUGGCCUGGACAGGGGUUUUGUCUCUAGGCACAUGGUCCUGCCGGGAAUUGGCAGAGCUGUGGUUUUGGUGUUUUCCCGGGGUUGAGAGUAGCCUGGAGGCAGGCCCAGAGGAGAGGUGCAGUUCAGGGUGCAUUAUUUUUUAUUUUUUAUUUUUUUUCUCUCUCUCUUUAAAGAAGAAACGCUGCUAAGAUCCCGCAUCGCCCCUCCAUUCAGGGUGUCUGUCUUGUCAUUCCUGACAGUCUUGUUGUUGUGAAGCCUUUUGUAGACACCCCACAGCACACGAACUCCUUUAGUCAAUCAGUUAGAUGUCUUUCUUUAGAAAAAUCAGGGGUGAGUAGUCGUGUUUUCUUAGGGCAGAGGGUGAGGGUGGAGAAUAGCUACAGGCAGGGCAGGGGACUCUGGCUCCAGGUAUGAUCCUGGCCCUGGCUCUGCCCCAGGAAGGCCAAGGGCAGGAAGAGGGGCAGCAGGAGAGAGAAAAGGUGAAAGGGAUUGAGCAGGCACAGUGUGCUUGACAAAUUGAAGGUACUCUCCUGGUCUACGCUGGCUCCCCUGCCCAGGCAGUCACUUGUGUGAUUCCUGCUGCCUAUACCUCCAGCGUGGGCCCCGAGCUGUGGUUAUGCUGCCCCAGUCCUGGCCAGCUCUGCCCUUACCCCAGAGGAGUUUAGGGUCCAGUAGGUGUGGCGGAAUUCUAGGCAGGGGUCAGGGAACCUGCCUGGGCCUUGAGAGCAGCCCUGUCCCUGCCCCAUUUCCCUGACCCCCAGUUGGAUCACCUGGAGACCACACCCUCUGACUACGGUCUGCCUGACUAUGAGUCUCCAGCCUCCCAAACAGGUUCCAGAUAGGUGUGUUUCAUUUGGUCAGUUACACAUUUAUUUUAGUACUUAUAGAAAAAAAUAAUACAUUGAAUCUUUAAUUUCAGAGAAAUAUUGUUUAGGUCAAGGCUGUUUUAAAAAGUAAGCGGACUUUUUCUUUAAUGUCACUUUAAAGAUUGGGGAACAUGUUGGUAGCGAUGAUCCAUAGAUAUGACAGAACUAGCCUGAGUUUCGGAAAUGCUGUGCAGUUGCUGAGGCCCCUUUGCCUUGACAAAGAUCUCUGAGGACUUCAGCAGGGCCCUGCCCAGGGGAUUUUAUCCCUGUUUCCAAAACCUGACUUGAAAUAACUUGGUCUGAGUCUAGGCUGGACUGGAGGGUAGGCCACUUAAAGGGGCUCUGUUGUCCCCCUGGCUGGCGGGGACCCUGGGGGCCUGGGCACUGGGAGCAGUGGUUGGUGCAUAGGCCUUGGUGCACAGGCCUUCCCCUCAGAGCUGAGGGCAUCAGGGGCAGGGAAGAAUUGUCAUGCCUACUUUACUGGUGAGGAAACUGAGGCCAGCUGUGCUCCCACAGGGCCCUGGCAACAAAGACGCUGGGGUACCGUGGAGGAUAGCAGCUCAGUGCCUGAGCUAUGGAAAAGCAACCCCAAUGUUUCAACGGUGUGUAGAUUUAGAGGGUCCAGGCAGGCCCAGCCUCUGGUGGCAUGGUGUUGGUGGGCCAGCGUGGCAGGCAGGCCCAGACUGGCUCCUGAGCCCCUCUGAGCACCCCUCCUCAUCCUAGAGGUGUGAUGCCACUCCACUAAGCUCUGGCUCAGGGCUGGCCCAGGAGGGUCAGGGUGUGCUCCCUCCUUCCAGGAUGAGGAGUUCCCUGGGACUCCCCCUUGGGGGCAGUGCACCUGCUCCAGAGAGCCUUGGCCCUGCCUCCCUUUUUCCACGUUGAUUGAUUGUUUUAUCAGGGUAGAGGAACUUAUCUGGGGAAGAGGGGAAGGAACAGGUCUGUCUGGUGCCUCCUUGGCUGGAGCAUCACCCUUGAAGGGAAGGCAGACACGUUUGUGCAAGUCAGCAUGUGGGUUGGGGCAUCCUAGGUAAAGGGGCAAAUGUGGGCCAGAUGCCUUCCUUCGAAGAUAGGAAUAGCCAGGUGAGGAGGUAGAGAAGCUUCACUUGAGGGAGUUAAAGGAAGUGGGCUUAUUCUCAGGGGGGCCCAAAUGCUGAUCCCAGGCACUUGGCCUUGUGUCUGUGGGCCAGAGGGACAGGGAACUGAUAGGGAGGCUGUGACUUUCUAGCCAGGACAAGCUGAAAUGGAAAGGGUUGGGUGAAGGGCCCUUCCUGCCUCAGGCCCAUGCCUGUUUAUCAGAAAAGCACAAACUUACCCUAACCCACAUGGGCCUGGCUGUGGGGACAGUAGGGACCUAGGUUCCAGACACCUUAAGCCGUCUAUCUGCACAGAGGGACCCGAAACCAGAAUGAGGUCAUGGCCUCCCCUGGCCAAACCCACUUCCGCUUCUCCAUCCUGCCUUCUGCACCAGGCAGCCCUGUACAGGAGGACACAGCACCCACACGGUAUCAGCCUGUCUACCAGUUUCCCCCUACUUCCUCCCUCUGGGGCCUUCUGUUUCCAGGGCCACUUCCAGCCCCCUUUGCUGUGUUGUAUAAGGGCUUGGGGUCUUAGAAGCUGCUCUUUAGCCCAGAUACACAUACUCUCUUUGUCUUUGUGCAAUAAUCAGUGUUGCUGUCAGAGCCUGGGCUGAGCUGAGGCCUGGGAAGAGGCAGAGGCCACCUCCUCCAGGAAGCCCUCAGCCUGGCCCCGCCGCUGUGACUAAAGCACCCCAGUCGCUGUACAGUUUCUAUGGUGUGAAUGAACUUCCCCCCUAGUUGCUGAUGGCACUGGUACCUGCUGGCUCUGAUGGCCUGGGUGUAGAGAAGCCAAGUGGCAGCCACCACCAAUGUUGUUUUGAAUAAAA